AUGUUUACCAAUACUUUGCACAUUCAAUUACAACACCGUUUGCGUUCUCUAGUACCUAGGGCAUUUUCCUCGGUGGCUCAAUUUACAAAAGUCUCAGAUGAAGUGAGGCAAGCUGUUGCAGAGAAUAAGCCAGUGGUGGCUUUAGAAAGUACAAUUAUCACCCAUGGGCUUCCUUAUCCUGCUAAUGUACAAAUGGCUAUCAACGUGGAAGCAGUGGUGAGGAAGUGUAAUGCUGUUCCGGCCACAAUUGGCUUUGUGCGAGGUCGGCCGACAGUUGGUCUCAGUUUGGAGGAAAUCGAACAUUUGGCAGAUAUAAAGCGUCCAAAAUACAAGAUUUCACGUAGGGACAUUCCAGUGAUAAUGAGUGGUGGUUUAAGUGGCGGAACGACAAUUGCUGCUACUAUGAUUCUAGCACAUCAACAAGGAAUUGAUAUUAUGGCUACAGGUGGCUUAGGUGGAGUUUCCAGGCCGCAUAACUUAAUGGAUGUCAGUGCUGAUUUGGAUGAAUUGUCCAAAACUCCGGUUGGCGUCAUUUGCUCAGGUCCGAAAUCGAUUUUGGAUGUUCAACGAACCAUGGAGUAUCUAGAGACCAAGGGUGUACCUGUUUUCACAUUUGACGAUGGGGGAUUUCCGAAUGCAUCGGGUCAUCAUGUUUUAAAUGUACCUGGCUUUUACACUAGAGACUCCGGGGUACCAUCGCCAUUCAGUUUUGCAAGGCAUUCCGAUGCUGCCAGUGUUAUAUAUAACGGAAAAUAUGGGAUGAACUUGAACAAUGGAUACGUGUUUUGCAUUCCAGCUCCUUCAGACAUCGCAAUGCCAAAGGAAAUUAUCGAAAAGGUGAUAGAGUCUGCUCUUGCUGAGGCAAACGAGAUGGGUGUCCGAGGAAAAGACCUCACGCCUUUUCUUUUGGGAAGGAUCAACAGUAUGACAAAUGGGGCAAGUGUGAAAUGUAACGUUGCCUUUGUGAAGAACAAUGCGGCCUUUGCAUCUAGUGUCGCAGCAAAUUUAUGCAAGUUGAAAAGUGAUGCAGGGUUGAAAGUUUCCUCUGCAGAUAAGAACUUCGUAUCAAAUACUAAUGCGGCAACGAAAAAUACAAGUAGUAGUCCCAAGAAUGUUACCAAAGAUCAUGAAGAUACUAAUCUCGGUAUCUCGUCUGUUGCGGUUAUUGGAUCCGUUGCCAUGGAUUCAACAAGUUCAAUUGGCAUGAACACCAGUGUAGUGAUGGGUGACUCUAACCCUGGUAAAACGGUCCAUUCUAUUGGAGGAGUUGGCUUCAAUGUGGCAUUAGCCUGUUCAUCAAGUACCAGACAGAAAACCAAGGCAUCUCCAUUAUUCAUCUCUGCCAUAAAUGGUGAGGACUUAACUGGCUCUUCCAUUCUCAAAAGAAUUGGGAAGUUAGGAAUUUCUGCUGAAGGUUUACAGAAUCUUAAAGACCAGAAUACGGCAGAGUAUACAUCUGUUCACGAUGAGACGGGAAAAUUAAUAGUUGCCUGUGCAGAUAUGGACAUUAUAGAGCAUCUCUCCGAGAAGGCAACCAUAGAAAAGUUACAAGAGCACAAACCAUCACAUAUUCUUAUGGAUUCUAAUAUCCCGGUGAAAUUGAUGAACUCAGUUUUAAAAUACUCUAAGGAUAACUCAGCAAAGCUUAUAUAUGAACCUACAUCCGCGGUCAAAGCAUACAAAUUAGGCCAGGCCGCUGUUCAUAGUUAUCCUGAUAAUGAGAUUACCAUGAUCACCCCCACUAUAAAUGAGUUAAAUACAGUGUUUGAGUCCUUCCACGAAAAUGCAAAAUUCCAGGAUCUCGAUACCUGGUUUCCUGUGAUUGAUUCGCUUAAGAUUGAUAAACUUAGGGAUAAGCUAGAAAGGUGUACUGCGAAGCUGCCUUAUUUACAGCACUAUAUUGAAAAUGGUCUGUUUCAAGAAGCCUUUCGGAUUCUUCCAUACGCACCAAACAUGUUCAUUAAAGAUGGGGCUAAUGGUGUUUUUUGCAUUCAUUUAACUGAUGACAUCUCGAUGGCUGCCAAAAUUGUUGAUCCUUACAGCUUUAGCUUUAAGGACGGAAGAAAGACUGAAGCCGUCUUCACUAUAGUACAGGAAGGAGCCCAAGGUCUUGGAAUUGUCAUUCAACAUUUUCCAGGCUAUGACAUUUCACCAAAUGAAAUAAAAAGUGUUACUGGAGCAGGAGAUUCAAUGGUUGGAUACCUGCUUUCGGAACUGGCUGCUAACGAUAAUUCUCCAAAACGCUUUCUUUUAAAUCAGUUGGAAAAUUCCAAAAGAGAGAAGUUAAUAAUGGAUUCGCAGAAGGUGGCCUGCUUAAGUUUGAUGUCAGAUAAUGCAGUUGACCCUAUUGCUAUCAGGAAAUUUAUCCAAGAAGGGGAACCUGAUCUCGAUUAA